ACGUGGAUGAUGAUAACCUGAAAGAGCUCUUCAGUCAGUUUGGUAAAACCCUAAGCGUCAAAGUGAUGAGAGAUCCCAGUGGGAAAUCCAAAGGCUUUGGCUUUGUCAGUUACGAGAAGCACGAGGAUGCCAAUAAGGCUGUGGAAGAAAUGAAUGGAAAGGAGAUGAGUGGGAAAGCCAUAUUUGUAGGCCGUGCGCAGAAAAAAGUAGAGCGUCAAGCUGAAUUGAAACGGAAAUCUGAGCAGCUGAAGCAGGAGCGAAUUAGUCGGUACCAGGGAGUGAAUCUCUACAUUAAGAACUUGGAUGACACCAUUGACGAUGAGAAAUUACGGAAGGAGUUCUCUCCUUUUGGAUCGAUCACCAGCGCUAAGGUGAUGCUAGAAGACGGAAGAAGCAAAGGAUUUGGCUUUGUCUGCUUCUCGUCUCCUGAAGAGGCAACUAAAGCAGUCACUGAGAUGAACGGACGAAUUGUGGGCUCCAAGCCGCUGUAUGUUGCCCUGGCGCAGAGGAAGGAAGAGCGGAAGGCUCACCUGACCAACCAGUAUAUGCAGCGUGUGGCUGGCAUGAGAGCGCUCCCUGCUAAUGCCAUCUUAAAUCAGUUCCAGCCUGCGGCCGGUGGCUACUUCGUGCCAGCAGUUCUGCAGGCUCAGGGAAGACCUCCAUAUUACACACCUAACCAACUAGCACAGAUGAGGCCUAAUCCACGCUGGCAGCAAGGCGGGAGACCUCAAGGCUUCCAGGGAAUGCCAAGUGCUAUACGGCAGUCUGGGCCUCGUCCAGCUCUUCGCCAUCUGGCUCCAACUGGUAAUGCUCCGGCCUCUCGUGGCCUUCCUACUACCACUCAGAGAGUCGGGUCUGAGUGCCCGGACCGCUUGGCUAUGGACUUUGGUGGGGCUGGUGCCGCCCAGCAAGGGCUGACUGACAGCUGCCAGUCUGGAGGCGUCCCUGCCACCGUGCCAAGCCUUGCACCUCGUGCUGCAGUUGCUGCCGCUGCUCCCAGGGCUGUGGCUCCAUACAAGUAUGCCUCCAGUGUCCGCAGCCCUCACCCUGCCAUCCAGCCGCUGCAGGCACCCCAGCCUGCGGUCCAUGUCCAGGGCCAGGAGCCACUGACUGCCUUAAUGCUGGCUGCAGCAUACCUCCCCCAGGAACAGAAGCAGAUGCUGGGGGAGCGUUUGUUCCCACUUAUCCAGACAAUGCAUUCAAACCUGGCUGGCAAGAUUACAGGGAUGCUGCUGGAAAUCGACAACUCGGAGCUGCUCCACAUGCUGGAGUCCCCCGAGUCUCUCCGUUCCAAGGUGGAUGAAGCUGUGGCAGUCCUGCAGGCUCAUCAUGCCAAGAAAGAAGCCGCCCAGAAGGUGACUGCUGUUGCUGCUGCUGCUGCUACCUCUUAGACAAGGAAAAAGCGUCAAAAGCCAAAUCACCCCUCAUGGCAAAAGCUGAGGUCUGAAGACUCCCUGGUUUGUCUGCGGACCUCCACACCAAGAACCACAGUUGCAAAUUCAAUAGGUCAUUUUGUAUCAAGAGGUCAAUUAUGAAGCACCUAGAAUUUUUCAAUUAUGAGAAUAUAUUCUCUGGGUUCUGCUAUGGCCCAGGAGGUAACCUUUUUUUUUCUAUUGUGGGUUCUGAUUUUUUUCCCCCUCCCAGAAACUGGAUUUAAU